AGAUGGUCACUUAGAGAGGGAGCUUGCUUUCUCUCUCCCACUCUUCUUCUUCUUCUUCAUCAUCUUCUUCUUCUUCUUCUUCUUCUUCUUCUUCUUCUUCUUCAUCAUCAUCAUCAUCUUCUUCUUCAUAUUGCCUAGAGAGAGAAAGAGAUAGAGAUGGCCUUAGAAGCAGUUGCAGUGCAGCAAGACUUGUUCGGUUACAGCAACAAAGAUCUCUACAGCCUGUUGGGAGGGAAUUGGAGCUGCAAUGAGUUUGGUUUAGCAGACAAUAACACUAAGGAAGACGAAUACUACUCCUUCUGCAAUCCUGACGACAACCAAACGGAAUAUCUUCACCAUUCCAGCUCCACCUGGAGUUACCCACCUCCUAAUUCCCCGUUAAUGGCGGAGCAAUUGGUGCCCAACUCGGAGCCCGACGCCGACGCCGACGCCGCCGCCACCAUGGCUGCUUCCCGGCCUAAACGCCGCCGCCCCAAGAGCCGAAAGAACAAGGAACAGAUCGAGAACCAGAGAAUGACCCACAUUGCCGUCGAGCGCAACCGCCGGAAACAAAUGAACGAGUACCUCUCCGUUCUCAGAUCACUCAUGCCCGACUCUUAUGUUCAAAGGGGUGAUCAAGCGUCGAUCAUCGGCGGAGCAAUCAACUACGUGAAGGAGCUGGAGCAGCGGCUGCAGUUGCUGGGCGGAGAGAAGCACGUGAACCAGCACAAGUUUGAGGCGAUUGGUUCUUCCUCUUCUUCUUCGUUUUCCUCUUGGCCUUUCGCUGAAUUCUUCUCCUUUCCACAGUACUCGAUAAGCUCAGGUGGCUGUGACAAUUCGAUGAUGGAGAUUGACCCGGUUGCCGGAGCUGAAACUGGGCCGCCGCCGGCCAUGGCCGACAUCGAGGUCUCAAUGGUGGAGAGCCACGCGAACCUCAAAAUCCGGUCGAAACGGCGGCCGAAACAGCUCCUGAAGAUGGUCUCCGGCCUGCAAUGCCUCCGGCUCACCAUCCUCCAUCUUAAUGUCUCAACAGCCGAUCAAGUUGUCCUCUACUCUCUGAGUGUCAAGGUAGAAGAUGACUGCAAGCUUACCUCAGUGGAGGAAAUAGCCACAGCUGUGAACCAGAUGCUAGCUAGGAUUCAACAAGAGGCUGCCAUGCUUAAUUGAAAGGAAAUGGUUAAUUUUUAGUACUUCUCCAGUACUGUAACCGGUUUUUUUUGUUUCUUAAUUGUUGCUAAUUUUUCUCAACUUUUUUCACUUCCAUUUACAAGAUGUAAUAUUAUGCUGCCUUCUCUACUUUCCA